AUGGAGGUCGAUAAAAAGAGGAGACAUUCUGAAAAUGAGUUGAAGCAAGAGGUAGUGAAAAAGAUAAAGUCUCCAGAACCAAACUAUGCCUAUCUUGAGACGGUAGUAAGAGAAAAACUGGACUUCGAUUCUGAGAAGAUUUGCUGCAUUACUCUAUCUCCUUUGAACGUGUACUGUUGUCUCGUGUGUGGACACUAUUAUCAGGGAAGACAUGAAAGGAGUCCUGCUUUCAUCCACUCAAUUGAUGAAAACCAUCACGUCUUCUUGAAUUUGACAAGUUUGAAGUUUUACAUUUUACCGCAAAAUGUCCACAUUUCACACGACAGUAAGGUUCAAUUGUUGAACAGCAUAAAAUUUGCGGUUUAUCCCACUUAUUGCCCGCGUGACCUAGAAAGCUUUCCCAGGCAAUGUUUCGACUUGAACAAUCGUGCAUAUAUGAAUGGAUUUAUAGGAUUUACCAAUGCGGCAACUUAUGAUUAUGCGCAUAGUGUAUUGCUUUUAAUGUCGCACAUGGCCCCAUUACGUGACCACUUCCUGUUGAAUCAUUUUGAUAAUCAAGGGGAAUUUAUCAAAAGGUUAUCCAUAUGCAUAAAGAAAAUUUGGUCUCCUAAAUUAUUCAAACAUUAUCUUUCCAUUGACGAUUUUGUUGCCUAUUUGAAAGUUAAAGAAGGGUUUAAUUUGGAUCCCAUAGAUCCGCGUUUCUUUCUUUUAUGGUUAUUCAAUAAAAUUUGCUCGACUUCGAACCAAUUAAAAUCAAUUUUAAAUCAAUCUUGUAAAGGCAAAGUAAGGAUAGCGAAAUUUGGAAAUGAGCCUGACACCAGUGGAUCUGUUACAAACAAAGUCAUUGCCAAACCAUUUUGGGUUUUGACCUUGGAUUUGCCAGAGUUUUCACCCUUUGAAGAUGGUAACAGCGUUGAUGAUCUUCCACAAAUAAAUAUCACUAAAUUAUUGACUAAAUUCGCUAACUCCAGAAGCUCCUCUACUAGCCCUGUUUUUGAAUUAACGCGGUUACCGCAGUUCUUGAUAUUUCAUUUCAAUAGGUUCGACCGUAACAGUGAACAUCCUGUCAAAAAUAGGAACCAAACGUUAGUAGAAUUUUCCAGUGAACUUGAGAUUUUGGACGCCAAGUAUCGCUUAAAAGCAAACGUGGUUCAUGUGAUCAUCAAACCAUCAUCCACGGAUGGAAACACAUUUAAUGGUGACGAAAAAAGUCAUUGGAUUACUCAGCUGUAUGAUGACAAAAGUGAAAAAUGGAUAGAAAUAGACGGUAUAAAUACAACAGAUAAAGAAGCUGAGCUCUUAUUUCUUAACGAAACGUUUAUACAGGUAUGGGAAAAAAAAAAGUGA